AUGUUGAUCAUCGUAUUGAUAACACUUCUUGCUCUAUACACUCCGACACAAGCUCAUUCUUGGGUGGAAGAGCUCACCGUCAUUGCACCAAAUGGAACUUUUGUCGGCACUCCAGGAUAUGCCCGAGGGAACUACUUGCGCACGACAUCGGGCUUUAGCGACACCGCCAUGACCUACUUGAUUCCUCCCAACACAAGGGCAAAUGUGACUGAGAUUCUGCCAACCGACAAGAUGUGCAAGGACACCCAGCAGGAUCAGACUCAGUCCGAGGGAAGCCCUCGGCUCCAAGCCAGCGCUGGGGCGGCGAUUGCUCUUCGCUACCAAGAGAACGGCCAUGUCACACUUCCUCAAACCCAGCCCGGAAAGCCCGCGAAUCGAGGAACUGUUUAUGUAUAUGGCACCACUGAGCCCAAGACAGGCGAGAAAUUCCUCGAUGUCCAUGGAGCCUGGACCCAAGAUGGCACUGGAGGUGAUGGACGGGGGGUGCUCCUGUCAGUACAGAACUACGACGAUGGCCGUUGCUACCAGGUCAAUUCGGGGGAAAUCUCAGGGACUCGACGAGCGAAGUACACCCACACAGCAGAUCCGCAGAUGGGAGCAGACCUCUGGUGUCAGCAGGAUAUUCAACUGCCCUCAAACGCUCCCAGCGGAAAGCCUUACACAAUUUAUUGGGUGUGGGACUGGCCCACCGCUGCAAGUGUUGAUCUCACAUAUCCUAAUGGAAAGGCCGAGAUAUACACAACUUGUAUGGAUGUGGAUUUGGUGAACAUAGUCACCAAGCAGGCAAUCAAGAGUGACUAUGAUAUUGACCAAGAUCUCAACAAUGCUGCAAUCCCUUCACAGUUCGAUGCACUUGGCAGUCCAAUAUCUUCACAGGUACCAUCACAGGUAUCCUCUCAGGUAUCUUCUCAGCCGACCACUUCCUCCCAGCCAACAACUUUUGUCACAUCGGUAGCUAUGACAGGGGUUGAACCUAAAACAGUGACAGUGACAGAUUGGGAGAUCAGCACAAGCACUGUAUUUGUGCCUGGGAGUCAACCCACGUAA